UUUAGGUCUACUAAGGAAUUUUAUAGGAAAUUUGUAGAUUUCUUUGUUUGACUGUUUAACUGUUACAGUAUGAAUUGUGUUCAAUAUUAAUUUUCAUUGAUAAGUAAAAUACUUAACUCACUUACUUUUAGAAAACAUUUUAUGUUAUUUUGUAACUCAUAUCAAUUCACUUUAUUUUUACAUAAUUUCUUAAUCAUAGUUUGCCUCUAAUUUUCUGAAAAGAUUUUCUUUGAAUUUUUACUUUUGUUUACAUUGAAAUUUUUGUAUUUCGAAUUUACCGCUAAAAUUUCAUUAGUAACUCUCUAGUCAGCGGAGGCGUAGAAAUAAGUGUUUACAAGCUAAAACCGAAAGUUGUAGCUCAAAAUUCUACAGCUGCCAAAAGUUAUUUAAUCUUUGAUAUUCGGCUAUUGUUCAAUUGAUCAUUAUGACAAACUUUUAUAACAGUUUAAUCGAUCUAUUCUGUGAUUGUGAGUUUUUCACAUCAGCCACAGCUAAUUCCCCAAUUCAUCACAUUGGUAAUGAAAACCAGAGGGUGAUAAGUGGUGACAGAAUCAAACUGAUCCCAGUGUACCUCUCCCCAGCGAGUUGCUCUUACCUAAACAAAUGUUAUGAGCAAUCAAGAAGAAAGGAAGUAUUUAACUUACUAUCUGAGAGACCGUUCAUCAAUUUCAACAGCUAAGAAAAGUGAUUCUGCACUUACCCAACAAAGUUCAACGGAAGUCCAAGCUACAUCAAAUAAUCCUUUUUUAGAAACAUCAACAUCUGUAAAUCCAAUUCUUCUACCACCAACAACAGAAAUAUCUGCACCAUUGUCAGAAAAUCUUAUACAUGUGCAAUCAACAGCAUCUGAUUCAACACCAGUAACAACCGGUAGUGAAAAUUCAACAGACACAGUAUCUGAUUCAACAUCAGUAAGUGUGAAUAGUGAAAAUAUACUAGAAACAGAAUCCAAUUCAACACCAGUCACUGUAAGUAGUGAAAAUUCAACAGAAACAGUGUCCGACUCCACAUCAGGAAGUGUUAAUAGUGUUAAUUCGACAGAAACAGUACCCAAUUCAACAUCAGUAAGUGAAAGUAGUGGAAAUUCAACAACACCAGCAAUAUCUCAGUCAACAUCAGUUAGUGUGUCUAGUGAAAACCUUUUGAUUGAUAUAACAGAAACUGUGACAUCUGCUUCACUAACAACCGAAACAAACACAACUACUUCAACGUCAACUGUAACAAGCAGUGUUCCAUUAUCUGCAGAAAUGCUGAGGUCGGAGAACAGUGUCCAAUUGCCUAAGUUCUCUGGAAAGAGUGGAAAUGUAAGCGCGACACAAUGGUGGAUGCUGUUUAUACAGUGGUGCUCACUCCAUUCGCUCUCUGAACAACAGAUUCUGGGAAGAAUUGUCUUCUACUUGACCGAUAUGGCUCAACAAUGGUACCUGUCCUUACCCCAGUCUUCCAGAAACACCCUACAACAAUUGAAAGCAUCGUUCUUGCUUAGAUUCGGUAAGCAGAACUCAUUCAACCUUGAUGUACUCGACGUAAAACAAAAGAUUGAUGAAUCGUGUGAGGAAUACAUUACGCGAAUUCAACAAAUGGCAUGUGAUGAUAACAUUCCUAACCUGAUGCUAAUAAAUUUGAUAGCUAAUGGAUUUAAGGCCGAAAUUGCUGAGAAGGUACUACAUAAAGAUCCCCAAAACUUUGAAGACCUGUUUAAAUAUGCCAAACGCGCAGAGUCCACCAUAAAACUAAGAAAGAAUGACUCAGUCAUAGCUUCCAUUGAGGGCAUGGAGGAUAGACUAAUGGACCGUCUAUCAAAACAACUAGAAUCCACCGUCAUGGCCUUUAGUGGACCACAAAACCAGGCCAGAUAUAAUGGUAACUCCCGAGGUAGAGGUCAACCCCAACGAUAUCCGAACCAAUAUAAUAGUGACUUUCGCAGGAAUGAGCAAACUAGAGACAAUUACCGUGGUAAUAAACAAUUCCCAAACUCUGGUUCACAGUACCGCGAAGGACGUCGUCCAAUGGGUGGUAACCAUGGCAACCGUUUUCCACAUCCUGCCCAACAGCCAAGUGACUUCACCAGACAGCAUGGUAACCGUCCUGCUCAGUACCAACGUCCGGCUGGACCCAGUAAGUGCUCUAGUUGUUUUAAGAACACUUGUGAUAGAAUGAAUUGCAUUGCUAUUGGUAAACAAUGUUAUUAUUGUUAUGGGUACAACCAUUUUCAAAUUGCAUGUUUUUCAAAUCCUCAGAGUCCAUUUUUCAAACAUUUAACAGAUUUUGAAUCAGUACAAUAG